AUGCCACUCCACUCUUUAAACACCGCUGCCGUUGGCGGCCGCGACCCCUCACUCCUUUCGCCCUCUGAUUACGACGCCGACGCCGUAUCUAUCCGCAGCGACCAGGAUACCGAUAGCGAUGAUGACGAGCGCCAGUUGCGCGCCCGAAACAGCCGAGAGCUGCGCGCGCACGACCGGCUGGUAUUGAUGGAGGAAGAAGAACUGGACCAGCUUGUGACCGAGACCCGGAAGAAGCAGGAACAACAGCGCCGGGGCUCCGGCCUGCCGAUACCGAAUCCAAUCAACUUUUUGGCUCGCCGACUGAGUGAUGCGUCCCCGUCGCGGUCACCAUCCCGAAGCCCGUCUAUAUCGUUACACGCUGGGGAGUCGAGAGAGGAUCUUGGAACGGAGAAGAGGAGGGCACGGCGGCAGCGGAGACAGUGGAAACGGGACAGACUGCUGGCUGAGGCCGAGCACGGCGAGGAUGGCGAGCUGAUGUAUGAGAUGGAGGAGGGCGGGAUGAAGGACGGCAGCUCGACCGGCGAUAGCAGCGAACGAGACGAUAGCGAGGAGGUCGAUAGGAAACGCCUGCUGCAUGUUACCGAUACCAAGGUGAAGCGGAAACGCAACUGCCGCCGUUGGGUGCUGCUGUACGCCAUCAUCGGGGUUGCUUUUGCCAUCUUGGUUUUGGUGGCGUGGAAGCUCUCGCUUGAGCAGAAGAGUGCACACUCCAGCCAGACGCUCGUCAGCAAUGGGACCGCCAUGUUCGCACCGACGACACUCAUCAUCAGCUUAGACGGCUUCCGAGCGGACUUUUUGAACAGGGGGCUCACACCGAGGCUCAACGCGCUCGUGAAGGAAGGGGUCUCACCCUUGUACAUGCGUCCCUCCUUUCCGAGCGUCACAUUCCCCAACCACUACACGAUCGCCACAGGCCUCUACCCCGAGUCACACGGUGUUGUGGGUAACAGUUUUUGGGACCCCACGCUGAAGGAGGAGUUCUACUACACGGACCCUGCUCGUAGCAUGGACCCGAAGUGGUGGAGCGGAGAGCCAUUCUGGGUUACGGCACAGAAACAAGGCCUGAAGACUGCGAUACACAUGUGGCCGGGAAGCGAAGCCCACAUUCUUGGUGUUGAGCCUACGUACCUGGACAAGUACAAUGGGAAAGAGAUGCUGUCUAAGAAGGUGGACAGGGUGCUGGAGUUCUUGGAUAUGCCCGAUGCCGACCGCCCACAGAUCAUUGCAGCCUAUGUGCCGAAUGUUGACGCUGACGGGCACAAGUACGGCCCGAACAGCACCGAAAUCCGCUCCACCAUUCAGACGGUGGAUAAAAUGCUUGACGACCUGUUCAAGGGGCUAGAGAACCGGAACCUGGCGGAUAUCGUCAACAUCAUCGUGGUAUCUGACCAUGGCAUGGCAACGACGGACAUUUCUCGGGUGGUUCAGCUUGAAGACCUUGUUGACACCAGCAAGAUUGAGCACACAGAUGGUUGGCCGCUCAUCGGAUUACGACCCAAGAACCCCGAUGAUCUCCAAAACAUCUACCAGGGAAUAGUCGCCAAGACAAAGGGGAACCCCAAUCUCGAAGUCUACCUCCGCGACGCUAACAUGCCGGAGCGAUACCAUUUCUCUAAAAACGAGCGCAUCGCACCGCUCUGGAUAUUUCCCAAGGCGGGCUGGGCGCUUGUCAACAUGAAGGAGAUGAAUCUGAAAGAGGCGCAGGCCAAGGGGGUAGUCUACCACCCUAUGGGUAUCCACGGCUAUGAUCAUGAGCACCCCUUGAUGAGGGCGAUCUUUAUUGCCCGGGGCCCCGCUUUCCCGCAUCAGCCGAACAGCAAGAUCGAAGCCUUUCAAAAUAUCGAGGUGUACAACAUGCUGUGCGACUCUGUUGGUAUCACGCCAGUCGCAAACAACGGGACCCUUCGGCUGCCCCUGAAGCCGAUCGGGCUGCACGAUGACCCGGGUGCUAGCGGCAUUGAGACCCCAGCUGAUCCGACAACCCACACCCUUUCGACGACUACCCUGCCGAAGCCAACAAAAUCUGUGAAGCUGACAGAACAUGUACAGCCAACGGAGUUUGUGAAGGCGACAAAGCCUGUAAAACCAACAGAACUCGUAAAACCAACGAAACCUGUGGUGGUGGACCCCGUGUCUUCAACAGACAGCGCUGUGCAAGCUGCCCCAACGGUCGGCGUCGACAAGCCCACUGAGAAGCCAUCUCAUCAAAACGGAUCAGGGGACAGUAAUGAUAGCAGCGACAACGGUGGCGAUAGCGACGGUGACGAUGACGAAGAUUCCUCGGUCGUUGAUGACGUUGAGUCCUCGGUCGAGGGAUUCUGGGAUUGGUUCACCGGCAAGGUCAGCCACUGGUGGGAUAAAAUUACCGGUUCCAACAAAGAAGCGGGCGAGAACAAUGAAGGGGAUGUCCCUCCUUGA